AUGGCCCUGACACCGCCCUUCGCUUUAGAGCAUCAGCUAACGCGGGAGCUAGACGAGCCAGCCCGGCACGUGCCGGGACACCCCCACGUGCCUCUGGAGGACCGAAGCAAGGUAUGGGACUUGCUAGCCAGAGAAAUCUGCUCGGACGAUUUAGACCGGGACAGUGGAAACAUAUCGCCUCUCUACUGGCAGUUGGUAAAACGGCGCACCAUCGUCGUGACGGAAGACCCGAAGCUCCACCUGGUGUGGAUCUACGAUUGCAUCUUUAUUAAGCCGCUCCCGCAGUAUAUCACGUCAUAUAUAUUCUGGAGGGACUAUCUCUGCACAGAGGCCGGCAGCGGAGGACUUGAACGUAUUCGACGAGCGGCGCUGGGCUACCUGCGGACGUACUACCAUCUUAUAAAGCACGAGUCCGACUUGCGCAUCGCCCAGGACCCCAGCCUGUGCCUCGUCCCGCCGGAUAUCACCUGGGAGCAGUUCUGCGACUUCACGUCGAGCCUGGGGGACAUCGCAGACCGAGACGUCUCCCUACGCUACGCCUACGGCGAGAUCCGCCUGACGCAGCUCAACUUAUACGCUCCGCUCCUCCUCGGCAAGUCGCACUUCCAGAAGGUCGAGCACCAGUACGGGACGUAUUUUGCGCGCUUCUACGGGCCGAUCCUGUUCGUAAUCGGGAUCACGUCGGUGGUUCUGAGCGGACUGCAGGUCGUCGUGUCGGUCGGGGAAGAUAGCGGGGGCGGUUGGACGGGGGCGGCGCUCUGGGUCGGCGUCACGGCGAUCGUGACAUCCUGCAUCCUGCUCUUCAUUUUAGGCCUCCUCCUGGUGUACAAGGUAACGAAGGAGUGGAAGUUUGCAAUCCGCGACCGCCUCCGGUUGUUGGAGGAGAAGCGGGCGGCGGAAUGA